CAGGAUCUGUGAAAGGAACUGUUGAAUUAGACGUUUAUGAGGGAAGAGAGAAAAAUCUGUAGUGACAGACCGUGGCAGAGUGAAGACGAAGGAUUCAGUUUGAGAUUCAUCAAAAUGUGUAAAAUUACUAUAUUACCAAAUGACACCUGCUUUACACCGAAUCGAGACACUUACCAAGUCCUCUCCUACGUGAUGACUGUGGAGUUCAUUCUGGGACUUCCUCUCAACCUCUCGGUGCUCUACRUCUUCAUCUUCAGGUAUAAAUUCUGGAAGAAUAACAGCGUGUUCCUCUUCAACAUUGUGGUCGCUGAUUUUUUGCUGGUGGCCUGUCUUCCUGUUAAAAUUCACCACUAUCAGCACAAUCUGAGGCACAGUGAGGAUGAUGCCGUUUGCCGUCUGAUGCACUUCAUGCUGUUCCUCAAUCGAGGGGCCAGCAUCGGCUUCCUCAUCACUCUGUCCCUGGACCGCUACUUCAGCGUCGUCCAUCUUGGGAGGAGAAACUGUGUGAAGGUGCUGAAGAAGUCUCCACUGAUCUCUGUGCUCAUAUGGGUGUUCUUACUGCCGCUCACCAUACCCACCAUGCUCAACAAAUUCGAUUGCUGCAACAGCCUUGGCCGAAAUAACACCACGACUCUAGAAGUUUUGGCGGAUGCUUUCAGAGAGACUGUCUUCUUCUCUCAAAUCAUCAUCCCCUUCAUCAUCCUCAUUUACUGCACAACUUGCAUCAUCAAUCGGCUGAGGAGGAAAUCGAUUGGGGAAAAGGCCAAACUGAGGAGAGCCGUGUUCGCCGUCCUGUCUGUCGCCAUCGUCUUCUCCGUCUGCUUCCUGCCGUGCACAAUGGCUCGGCUGGCGCUGCUGAUCGUGAGGCUGAAACAAUGUCAGGCGCUGGAGGAUGUGGUGGUCCAGGUGUACGACGCCCUCAUGGUUUUGUCCUACGCCGACUGCUUGUUGGACCCACUGGUUUACUGCUUCUGCAACUCAGGCUUUAAGGUAGCUUACAUCUCCACUUUCUUCCCACCAUGUCUGAGGAAGAGACUGCUGAAGUCUCCCUUGACCACACCAAUGGUCACAACAACAGGAACUACAGCAACUACAACUACAACUGUAGUCCCAGGGGCUAAACUGAUUUCAUUGCAAAUGAUAGAAAAAUGACAAUUAGUGCAUUUUUCUGGUUUAAAUGUAGCUCACAUAAAAACUUAACUACUGCUCCACCCGUUAAGGUAUCUUCUCAGGAACAAAGCUUUAAAAUUUUCCUAUUAUUCUUCAUUGAAAAUGUUAGGAUAGGUACAUGGUAUAUAKAAAAUAUGUUACAUUACWUUUGUUGUAUAAAAUCAUUCAUAGAAAAUGAUUUUUGUGUGAUCAKUUUUGCUCAUUUUGAGCCAUUUUAGGAUGUCCUGUCACUUUAAAUCCAAAUAAGCUGCUGCUGGCCACGCCCCCCCAAMUCAACGUUUACACUUGCCCGUGAAAAUAACUGCCAACCGAUGCGCAAUUACACAACCGUACGUCUUUGAAAAGCAUAAGUGGAGCCUCCUGCACAACCAACAAUAAUGUAAAAAGUGGUUUYUGAAGGAUUACUCAAAAACAAAACUCCUGUCUCUUCACUGUAGUUGCUAGGUAACAGUGCAGYGCCUGUUGAUUUGCGAUGUUGCAUUCAGAAGGUUUUCGAAGCAGCCAAUUUUCCAGACACCRAAAAAACAUGAACUUAUUGCCAAAAACAUCUUUAAUGAAAGUUGUUUUAAUGUUUAAAUUGCAGAAAAAGUUGGUUUCAGCAAACUAGCCUGUAAAUAUCUGGAAAGUAAUUUAUAMAUUUAUUGUUUGUUUCUGAAAAGUUACCAGUAGGUCAUUGAAAUGACCCAUAACUUCCAUUUAGAAAAAUCAUUUGAGUCUCAGAAAGCUAACCUGUGAAUUUCACAAAAGUAUCCCAUGUGCUUCGAGUUGGCAAAUGGCAGACUUCAUGAACAUAAACAUUACAUUUCACAAAAUUACUUUGUUAAUUUCAGGAAAGUAACUUCCUGGGUAGUAACUUUUUAGUUACAGAUAACGCAUGAGUUCCAGAUAGGGAACAUUUAAGUUCUAGGAAAGCAAAUUGCAAGAAACUGCAGGAAAAAGUAACUUGGGACUUUCAGAAAAGUACGAACAUCCAUCAGGAUGGCAACAGUUACGUUCAAAGCAAAUUCUUUAAAUUCCAGAAAAACAGUGCUUCUCAAUUCCCUUCCCUUUAUGUUUUCGCAUCCACCUGAAUAAUGUGUAGUUGCGCCCCUGCUGUUAGUCAUCCACAGAUUAAAUCCAGGUGUUUGGCAGAAGAGAAACCCUGAAAGCAUACAAGGCAGGGGGCGAGAGGACCGGAACUGAGAAACACUGCAGUAAAUUAACAUGCAAGUUUUAGGAAGGUGAUCUGUGAAUUGUAGAAAAGUAACAACAAUUUCAGAGAGUGACCUGUUUCAGGAACCUAAAUGUAAACUUUUAAAUUAUGGGGAUUAAAAGUUAAAGUUUCAUAGUAUAAAAGUCUGUGAGCUCCAGGAAAGCAAACUGUGAGUUUCAGAAAAAGWACCUUUACUUUUUAACUUGUUAGUGUCAAUGAAGUAACAUCAAUUUGAGAAAAAUAACGUGUGUAUUCCUUGAUAGUAGCUUUGUAGUUAUAGAUAAAGAGCCUCAAGUUUUACAAAUGUAACCUGUGAAUUUCGGAGAAGUUCUUAUGUGUCAGGACAGUAACUUUUACUUUCAGGAACUUAAACCUAACUUUCUAAAUUUUGGUAAAAGUAGCCUUUAAGUUUAAAAAAAUAACGUGUUAACUUCAGAAACACAACAUGUGACAUCCAGUAGACUCCCUAGUUAUUAUUAGGAAAGUUUCAAGAAAUAAACCUGCUUGCUGUGGGAUAAUAACCUUUCCGAUUUUUACAUUUUAAAGUCUACAUUUUGUUUUGUUGCAUUUUAAUCCAAGUUGAUAUUUUAUCCACUUGGAUAAAAAAAUCAACYWGAUGAGGCAAUCUAGUGGAAAUGCUUCUGCACUUUUUUCACCGUAGGGUCUCCAUUACUUUACACAUUAGCUCUGCGUGUAAAGUAUGUUUAAUCCUGUGAUGUUUGUUCAAGUCAAAACAUAUAAACCAGUUCGGGUGUUUAGAYCGGUCUCAUCUUUUGGUUAAAAUAUUUACAUUUUUGUGUUCAAGUAAUAUAGUUUAUGAUGUAAAUAUUUAUAUAUCCAAGAACUUACAUAUUUAUUUAAAUUUAUUCCAAACCAUAAGUGAAAGAGUUGAGAUUUUUUUAGGUAUAUUUUGCAGGUUAGUAAAAAAAGGAGCCCAGCUCAUUGUUUAAGACUUUGAAGUGUUGAACUUUUUCUUUCUGAGUCCUAAAUGUUGACUGGCCAUUUUGCCUCCAGUUUUGUCAUCACUUUAUUUGACUGUUCAUGUUGUUGAAUCUGUUUCAUGUUUCAGCCACGGCUACAAAAAUGUCAAAUAAAUCUUUUUAUGCUUUACUCUAACAAUUCAUGUGGUGUUGUUUAUCCGAAUUAGAUUAUUUAUGGUCUGUGAUGCUGACUGAAGAGCUUUGUAUAAGGCUGCUGUAAAUACAACCCACUCAGGAAGGAGUCUGGGAGUUU